AUGAAUCUUCCUAGCUGCAGAGAAGCUGCUGCGAAGCAGCCACAGCGGCCAGCAGCAGCAGCAGCAGCAAAAGCAGCAGCAGCAGAAACUGCUCUCUCAAGAGCCCACAACAGCAGCAGCAGCAGCGGCAGAAGGAGCAGCAGCAGCUGCAGCAACACCACCGCCAGCAGCAGCACGGGCGUCGCCAGCGCCUUCAGCAGCCCCCCAGGGGCCCCCACGCUGUCCCACCCUGCAGCAGCAGCAGCAGCAGCAGCAGCAGCAGCAAAAGCGGCGCUGCCUCCUCAGGCACGAAUGAUGCCCGCUGAGGGAUGCAGCAGCAGCAGCAGCAGCAGCGACACCAGAAGCAACAGCAGCGGCGACAGCAGCAGCAAGGAACUUUUAUCUAGGCCGAAAGGAGCUCCAGCAGCAGCAGCAGCAGCAGCAGCAGAUGGCGCUUCUGCAGUGGGACCAGAAGCAGCAGCAGCAGCAGCAGCUGCUGCUGCUGCAGACGAGCAUUCCUCCACCGAAGAGUGCCAAGGGAGACCAGCAGCAGCAGCAGCAGCAGCAGCAGCAGCGCCACAAGCAGGCGCAGGCGAAGAAGCCCCUGCCUCUGGCGUUGAGAAGCCACUUGCAGCAGCAGCAGCAGCAGCAGCUCCUGCUGCUGCAGCAGCAGCAGCAGCAGCAGCAGUAUCGAUUGUUCGCUGCCACAUCUCUUGGUGUGGGGCCCCACAGGGCCCCAUGGUGCCUGUGGAAGGGUUUGAGAUGAGGCCUUUGCUGCUGUUUAGGGAGGUGGAGCCCGAGGCUUACGGGGAGUUUUUGCUGCCAGCUUUAUCGCCUUUGGGGUACUUGGGGGUUUACAAACGCCGUGCUGCUGCAGUGUUUGCUGCCAGCAGCAGCAGCAGCAGCGGCCGCUACACCAACGACGGAGUAGCAGCAUUUUAUUUGCAAGACAAGUUUGUCUUGAGGGACUCUGCUGCAGUGGAGUUUGCUGCUUUUGCGCGCGCUGCGCACUGCAGCAGCCAACAGCAGCAGCAGCAGCAGCAGCAGCAGCAGCAGCACGAGCACCCUGCUGCUGCAGCAGACAGGAAGCUCCACCACGGGGACUCCAGGAGGUUCAUGAAGGACAACGUCGCGCUCCUGCUGCUGCUCGAACUCAAGCAGGACCAGCAGCCAUACCCCCGCCAGCCCCGAAUCCAACGACGUCAAACUUUGGCAAACGCAAACGCUGCUCGCGGCGGGUGUUUGCUGCGGGGCGCCGGGGUGUACGUACACCUGGAGCCCGCCUUCACAAACUUCACUCCCAACUUCUGCGGCUGUUUGGAUUACAUUUUCUUUUCCGCGGACUUUUUGCUGCUGGCGGAGCUGCAGCAGGAACUGGAGCCCGCGCAGCUGCUGCAGGAGGCUGAGUCUCUUUAUUUGCGCUCCCCCUUUCUGCCUUCUCCUUUGCGGCCCUCAGACCACAUAUCGCUCUUUGCGAGGUUUAAAUGGCUUGGCGACUAA